AUGCCAUCGAAAGCUGUGAACGUCCCUACAGAUACCAAGCAGAAGGAGAAGGAUAUCAACCAGAAGCUCCAGCUGUUUGGAAUCUUCCAUGCCUUCAAGAACAACAAGCUUCCCUCGAACAAGCAGUGCGAUGUCGCCCUGAACAGUGCUCUGGCCUCUAAGGCCCUCUCGUCGCCGUCGAAGGAGCUUUCCAGUGAGGGUAAGGUCCUCAUCAAGGACGUGCGCAAUGUCAUCGAGCAGGCGAAGCUGCUACUCCUCACGAAGAACGAGGGUGAGCUGCUGCAGGACUUCAUCUGGCAUGCUCAGCAGGCCGGCACGAGUGGUGCGACGGCCCCCAAUAUGCCUGUGAGCAAGGAGACGGGCCAGCAGGAUGCAAACAGGGCUCUGGAGGGCCUCAAAACUUUGGGCACCCUUCUGAUCACCAAUGGAGAGUUCCGCAAGAUUCUAAGCGAUGCUGUCGUCCUGAUUCGCGAUAUGGCUGCCGAUGCCUCCCAGAAGGCCGCGAACGCGGUCCGUCCGUCGGAGGACCAGCUGGCGCAGAUUGAUGAACCUGCGGAGGAGAACACCUGGCACGAGAAGCCCAACAUCUCCAAGGAUGACCUCAAGAAUCGCCUCAAGAAGAACAAGGGUGACAAGGACAACGUUGCCUCCCCUCCCACUGGCGAGACUGGUGAGAUCACCGAACCGGGUGCGAAUGCCGACAAUGCUUCCGAGACUCCUUCAGAGAGCCGCCGGAAGAAGUACGCCAAGCAGACUCAGGAGUAUUUAUCUGAAAAGAUCCCGAAGGAGCGCCGCGAGCAGGCCAUCUGGCGUUUGAAGAAGAUGAUCAUUGAGAUUCAAGGCCACGCUGACUAUCAGCAAGCCAUUGAGACCCUGCUGACCAUGGCUGAGAAGUACGUUGGUCACACCAAGUCUGCCUCUACGCAAAGCGGCAGUGCUGUCCGCGACAUUCGGUCUACCGACAGCGUCAAGGCUGUUGAGCAUGACCUGCGCACUCUCAUUGAGCGCUUCGCCAACAACACGUCCCUGUCUGACUUCUUCGACUCGUUGAACAACAUCUACCGUGACGCGGACAAGGAUCCCGAGCUGCGGAGAUGGUUCUCAGACGUCGAUACCUACAUCCGCAAAUGCCUGCGUGAGCAGGGAUACAUCAUGCAGGAGGAGUGCAACCGUGAAUGGAACGAGCUGUACGACAAGGGCCGUUACCUACUCCGCGAACGGUACCGGAGCCACACCGACCGCAUUGUGGACGAGACCAAGUUCCUGGCGGAUCAGUUCGACAAGGACCCACAGAACAAGGCUCUCGCAGACUCCAUUCAGAAGCUUUUCAAGGAUCUGGGUCGCGAUGCUGGCGGCAAGAUCGUUUUCAAGCAGCAUUUGCUCAAGGAUAUUCGCGAUGUUAUCCUGCCUGGCAUCAUCGAGAAUGUCCGCUACAUCCCUAUUCCUCGGAUUGAGGUCUCGGACCCCAUGGUCGAUGUGGUUGUUGAGAAUCUUACUAUUGAGAGUGAUAACCUGAUGCCCAACGUUGUCGAGUUCGGUAGCGACAAUUACUUCCGUUGGGGCCGCAAGAAGGUCAGCAACAAGCGUGACAACAAGCUCAUGAUCGCCAUGUCUGGCAUCCAAGCCGAUCUUCGUGAUGUCAGCUAUUACAUCAACAAGAAGCAGGGUUUCCCCUCCGUCACCGACACUGGUAUUAUGGACAUCUUCCUAGGCGGCGAGGGCUUCAGUUUCAAGGUUGCCGCCUCUACUGCCCAGAAGGGAGACAAGCAGCACUUGGUCAAGCUGGACAAGGUGUCCGUGAGUAUUAAGCACAUGGAUAUCAAGCUGAAGAAGUCCAAGCAUAAGGUUCUGUUCACUACCUUCAAGCCCAUACUCUUCCGCGUUGUCCGCCCGGCCCUGGAAAAGGUUGUCGAGGCCCAGAUCCGGAAGGCAUUCACCGACAGCGAUGCCUUCUUCCACGAGAUCCACACCGAGGCCCUGCGUGCCCAAGAGGCCGCCCGCGAGGAUCCCGAGAACGCUCCCAGCAUCUUCUCACGCUACGCUGACGCUAUGCGCGCCCGCACCCAGGCCAAGGCCCAGAAGGCCGAGCGCAUCGCCCAGCGUGACACAAAGGUUCAGACCGUCAUGACCCUGCACGACUCCAUCUUCCCGGACAUCAAGCUUCCCGGCGGCAUCUCCAACAAGGCCACCGAGUACGCCGAGCUGGCCGCCAAGGGUGACAAGUGGGAGUCGCCUAUCUUCAGCAUCGGCCAUGCCUCCGAGUCAAGCAACAUCCCUGCCGCCGGUACGGCCACCCGCAAGCCUCAUCACACUGCUGAAAGCUCUCUUGGUCCUUCUAGCGCUGCGGGCGCCGCCGGCGCCGGUGGUGCCGCUGGAGCUGAUGGCGUUGCCGCUGCCUCUGGCGCCGCAACCAACGGCCACACUAAAGUGGACAGCGGUUACCCUUCGCGGGGCUUCUCCGACGAGGUCGACCAGGCCUUCGUCAACGACAAGACCAAUGGUCUUGGUGGGGGCAUCAAGACCGGCACUAACGGCACCACCCACGUCACCAAUGGCUCGACCUCGGUGGCUUGA